GUCUUAAGUUGUAGCAGCUCUUACCGAGUAGGAAUGAAUUGUCACUAUGUCUUUGCAAUUCCAAGAACACCACCAAGUUAUAAGAUAUAAUUGUAAGGCGAGUCAGUGAUAUUUAUGUAAAUUGCUUAUUUCCAUAUAUUCCUUUAUACCAAUAAUUUUUCUUUCUUAUUUAACUAUUCAUAAUCGGUCACAUUUACCGGAUUAUCAAUCUUCCAGAGGACGCUGUUGAUUAGUGUAAUACCUUCAAUUCAAUUUACCGGCUUUACUUCCUUUCCAUGCAAUUUCAAUAUGACUUUUCCGACUACAAAGGUCGUGACUUUGAUCCCAAAAAACAGGCAAAACAGGUGCUAGCUUCAGUUCAUGCAGCAACGGAUACAGCAGAAGACAAGGCAGUCGCAAAAAAACGAUUAGGAUAUGCUUUGAAGGAAAUUGAUAACCAAAUAAGGGUUUUCAUUGGCUCAAAUGAACAGAAGCUAGCUGAAAGUGUGGAAUCCUUUUUUCAAAAUCAAUCGAAUUUAACGGAGGUUAGAGAGAAAAUGAAGCAGCUCACAGAUAUUUAUGAAAGAAUGCGUUCUCUUAUAACUGUCCCCUAUAAUUCUGCCUCUCCAUUGCACGAUUCCAUAGUGAAUCUUCAUUCAACUUAUAUUAGCUUGUAUUGGAUACACCGCUUUUUUGAUCUGCAAAAACAAUUAGUAGCUUUGGCAGACAGCGUUCCUAACGAGUUUGAACGAUUCGAAAACUAUUUUCGGGCCGCUACCCUAUUACAGGAGAUGGAUCAACUCCUUGCGCGCUAUCCGCUUAUCAAACGCCAGUCUUCAGUGCAAUCAUUUUCCAAAUCGAAUAUCGGCAUUCACUCUAGGAUGUUAAAAGAAACAUCAAGUUUCUUGCUAGCGCAAGAGGAAUCAGACGUGCUAGCAGCAAAUUCCUCAACGUUUUCGAAUGCUUGCUCUACCUUGUUUUUACUAGACAAAUAUCUUUUAGAAAGAAACAUGUCUCAGUUAUUAAGCUCUAAAAUCCAAAAAGCAAGCGCUUGUUUCGAAUCUAUCUUUCAGCUGUCUCCAACAACACGUAGACUUCUGUAUUCAUCUGCUGAUUCUACCGCGGCUAAUUCUACAAUAUGGUCUAAAUUUGAAGAUGGUUGGUAUCAAAUUUCACAGUUUGGAUCUCAAUGCGUAUUUUGGGAAAAGACUCUUAGACAAACUACCAUCUGCCAACCACAUUACUCUAACUUACUAGAUUAUUUUCAAGCACAACCUAAUUUCAUUCUUGAUGGUGCUACAAUUAGCAUGUUCUAUUUUAAAGAACUGGCUAUUUCAAUAAGCACAAAGAUGCAGAACCUUGAUCGUCGAGAUCCUACUUUGCUUCUAGUUUUCCGUAACGAUUACCAAAGAGUAUCACAUAUAGUUGAACAAGCAAUUGCAAAAUCAUCUUCUGAAAUUGUUACAAAAGAUACCCGUGAAUGCUCUAUUGUGAUGAACAGUCUUAAAGUAUUAUUCCCCAAAAUUCCUUAGACAUUAAAAAUAAUAUUAUAUAAAUAACCCAAA